AAUCAGUGAUUUUUUAGAACAUUGGAAGGUGACACUAGUGUAUUUUUUGUCACUACAAAACACCCACAGGCAGUCCUUUGCAAGCGUAGGAAGGCUUCCCUUCAUUCUAGGUCAUUGGAUAGGUCCCUUGUUAAAGUUGCACGAAAAGUAAAAGAUUCCAUUGAGCAAAUAGCAGUGAUUCCAUUAAUGAUAGUGAAAGUCAUCCUACACAAGAACCCUCCCCUCUCUUGUCCCUCAAACCAGCCGCAGAGGUUUUCAAAGGUGCCCUGUCUUGCCCAAUGUGGCAAUAGCUUUGGGACUUCUGAACACCCUUCUUUUGUGUUCGCUGCUUGUCCAGUGGAUUCUGUUCCAGGGUUUUUCAAUUGUCUACAGAACUGCAAACCUUCAGGUUCCAUUCGUGCCAUUUGUCCUAGCUGCCCAGACUUCUGGGUGAGGUAUGGCGAACACUGUUAUUACUUCUCACUGAAGAAAACUGACUGGGAUUCUAGUCUGGAAUUCUGCUUAGCUGAAGGCUCCCAACUCCUUAUGCUCACGGGCAAGCAGGAAAUGAGCCUGCUUCAGCCUUUCCUCAAAGACGACUUUUACUGGAUUGGUCUGAAGAACAAUUCUGGCUGGAGGUGGGAAGAUGGAUCAGCCCUAAACUUUUCAAUGGUUCUGUCAAACAGCGUGGUACAGAAGUGUGGUACCUUCAGCAAAAAUGGUCUCCUAGCCUCUGGCUGUGAGGUUCUUUUACAAUGGGUCUGUAAAAAGGUGUACAGUUCAGUAGCCGCAGUAAUGUGGCUCUAUUCAAGGACCCAUGUCUAUAGGAGGAGGAAACAGUGAUCUGAGACCAGCAAAGAGAAACACCAGCAGCAGGACAGUGGCAACAACGCAGGCUUUCUUUUCCUCACCACUUCCUCCCUCCCCCCAACUCUGCAGGACCUUGAGCAGCCUCAUUUUGCAAGGACAUCACUUUCUAAAAACAGUUGUUGGGCAGUUAAGACAAAGAAGUGUGGGAACAUUGUGCCUACGGAUGCCAUGAUACUCUACAUGGAAAACCCAGUCAACUCCAC